CGAAAAGCGGAAAGCUUGGCAGGAGAUUGAAAAAGAUUUCAAUUCUUAUUCAGAAGUCUCCAAGCGUACUGCAUCCCAGCUAAAGAAAUGUUGGGAAAAUGAGAAAAUGAAGAGGAAGAAGAUCCUUGCUGCCAACACAAGGCAGCGAAUGGCCACUGGUGGUGGUCCAUUUGUCCAGGAGCCCUCCACGAACCCCGAAUUGGAAGUGGCAUUAGCUGGGACACAGCACUUUAUUGUAGAUGGUGGCGAUCAUGACAUGGUCGUUUCCGCAGACAGUGCUGAAAAUGCUGCUAAGUACCAGGCAGUAAUUGCAUUGGACCAUGACUAUGAGCUGCCCAUUUCAGAAUCUAUGUCUGAAGAAGAAAUUACUUAUGAGGUGGAGGUUGACAGCCCACAGGUGAGAAAGAAGGAUGCUCUCCUUUCUGGACGCUCCAAUAAGUCAAAUACACGUCGUGAAGUAGCAAUUGAAGAUGAACUGCAGCAUCGCCUGCAUAAACUUAACAGUACAGAAAAGCGGGAAAUUGAGCAUCAUAAGCUUUUGAUGCUUGAGCAGAAACUGCGAGUGAGGGCAGCAAGAACUGCUGCAAUAUAUACAAAAGAGCUUCACGAGCAGGCAAAGAAUCAUCGUGAAGAAGAACACAAGUUGCGAAUGGAAUUAAUGAAAUCAGGAAACGGGAAAACACUGUAAAUUGCUUGCAUAUUACAGUCGAUAACCAUUUUUAUAUUAUGCCCUUAUUUGUAUUUAUUCUUUCCUGUGGUUUCUAAAUUGCACUUAGUAAAAUUCUGCAAAAUGGCACGGUAAAAUUGAAAGAAAGCCUCUUAGCUGAAAAAAAAUCCAAAAACCAGUUUUUAUUAAUGUCCUAACAUAUUUUCCAAACAUUAUCUAAGAGGGCAUUGCGAUAUUGUUUACAAUUUUCCAGAUUGAAUCUUUUUAAGGAGUGGUUAGAUUAAGUUAUAUAAUAGAUAGUGUAAAAUUGUGAGAGUUGUUGGUUAUUAUGUUAGCUAACUGUGAAAUUGUUUAAACAGUUAAGUUUGUUAAGCCAUAUAAAAAUAUACUGUUUGAAGUUGUGUCAGCGACUGGUUAGGUUAGUAGCAUUACAAAUAUUAGAGAGUUAGGAUGGUGUGUUGGGUUAAA